UUCAAGUGGCAACUCCAAAAACCAAUCAGAAAUCCCUCAACAUGUUCAAAUACGCCGCUGUCCUCUGCGCUCUCAUUGCCUGCGCCGCCGGCAAACCAGGUCUGCUGCACGCACCUCUGGCUGCUCCAGCCGCGCUCCUGGCUGCACCUGCGCCUGUAGUAACUGCGACCAGCAGCCAAGUGGUGGCCAGGAACUUCAAUGGCAUUGCCACCGCUCCCCUGAUUGCCCAGGUUCCAGUCGCUCCAGUCGCUCCAGUUGCCAGGGCUGUGGCACCUCUUGCUGCUCCUUUAGCAGCGCCCAUCGCUGCUCCCCUGGCUGCUCCUCUGGCUGCUCCUUUGAUUCCCAGGUACGCAGCUGCUCCUUUGGCUGCACCUCUCGCCGCACCUCUGGCUGCACCACUCUACUCCAGGUAUGCUGCUGCUCCCCUGGCUGCACCUCUGAUCGCCAAGUACGCAGCUGCUCCCCUGGCUGCACCAAUUGCCGCUCCCCUGGCAGCUCCGCUGUACUCCAGAUACGCCGCUGCUCCUUUGGCACCGCUGAGCUAUGCUGCUGCUCCAGCGCCACUUCUGGGUUAA